AUGAAGGGAGAAGACCUCCUUGUGGAUACGGGAUGCACUGAUCAUGUAGUGCGCGACAGGGCUGUCUUUUCUAGCUUUGAGAGCUGGAACGAAGGUACAACCGUGGAGAGCCCCAACGGCACGCUGUCAAGGGUUCAGGGCAAAGGAUCAGUGCAAAUGCAGAUCAGGGAGUGCCAUGAUGCUGUUAGGAGAUACACUUUUCACACUGUGCUGUUUGUGCCGAGGUACAGUGUAAACUUGAUGAUUGUGAGCUCAGCUGUGGCUAGAGACUCAAGCUUCACUUUUGCCGCAGAUGCGUUACAUCUACUGGCACCAGAUGGGGGGCAGCUACCUGUGAAGCAGCGCGGCAAGCUUUUCUUCCUUGAGUGCAAGUUCAACAGAAACCCGAUGACUCUAGUGACGAAAACAAGAAGGGAUACCAGUGAUGCAAUGUUGUGGCACCGACGACAGGGACACCUCAACCAGCAGGAUCUUUCAUCGCUUGUCAAUGUGGGCGAGCUAGAGUUCUGUGGAGUUUGUACAGCUUCCAAGAUGCAUGAAGUAGCAGUGCCUAAGAAGACUGACAGCAGAGCAUCGGCAUUGGGGCAACGGGGUUUCAGUGACAUUUAG